ACACCCCCACCAACUGUCUUACACGCAUCGCCAUUAUCAAACAAUAACUCACGCCAUCUCGACUCAUCCAUGGCGCCGCACUUGCAAGGACUCAAUCUCGUCCAUAAUAAUUCUCCUGCACCACAGGACACUCAUGACCUCCUAGCAUCCUCGCCUUUCCCCGACUUCUCAGCCCACCUUGACCUGUGGACAAAUCUUGCGUUUGAGACUGAUGAACCUCUGAGUCAUAUCAAGGGAAAGAGAAAGUCGGUGGACGAAUCGGAAGAAGAAAGUGCUGCAUCUCCUUUAGGCCUGCCUACCCAUGACGGCCACGAAAACGUCGUGCACCCGGCUAGCACUACCAUCACAGCCCACUCCGAGGCCCAAUCCCCACAGUUCGAUCUGAAUGCGUUAUUGGCUGGAUUUGGCAUUGACCCAAUCUCACUCCCGCAAUUGGCGCCCGCACCCGCGGAGAAUGUGACAGCGCCUUCGCUUGCACAAUUGCUUGCUUUGCAUACUGCUCAAGGAGGGACUUAUUCUGUACCCCCUCCUCCCCCUGUUGUACAUGCUCAGCCUGCCUCACAGCCUGCUACUAAGCGGGCUCGUACAUCCAAAAACUCGGCGUCUACGGAGGCAUUCGACCCUGCCUCCCCGCUUUCGCCCGCUGGGGAAGAGACCCAAGGUGAUUUCAUGAAUCCCUUAUCCGCCGCGGAAGACAAGCGUCGCCGCAAUACCGCUGCUAGCGCACGGUUCAGAUUGAAGAAGAAGGAACGGGAAGCCGCGCUUGAGCGGCGCGCAAAAGAGCUUGAGGAACGUGUUGUUGAACUUGAACGCGAGUGCGAGGGCCUCCGUAGGGAGAAUGGGUGGUUGAAGGGGCUCGUGGUGGGCGUAACUGGCGCGGGUGCGAAAUAGGAGGUCAACGAACGGCGUAGCGCCGUGGACGACAGUCUUACUGAGUGAGGCUUAAGCGCCCUUGGCGUUUGGUGCCGGUGACUUCUUGCCAUAUCCCUUCGCGGGGUGAUUGGGAGGGCAUUGUUUAGGAAGAGCUUGACUUUCUAUCGCACGAUAUUGUGACGAUGGAGCAUCUUGUGGAGACCACUAAGAUGGUGGGCACCAUGAAGUAUUGACCAGACUCUGUAUUAUUAUCGAUAAUUUUUGAUUGUUUUACUACCCUUUCAUGAAUUCGUUAUUGAGAUACGGCUCUUA